GCGGCAGGAAAUGGCAGCGCUAGGCAGAUCGUGCCAGGGCAUCCCGGCGGGCCCGGCCGUCGAGCUCCCCACAGCGCCGGCCGCUGCACCGGACCGCCACGGCCCGCAGCCCUUAGCCGGCGGCCACGGCCGCCUGCAGCCACCCGGGAUGGUCAUGACAGGGCUCGGAAACGACGGCGUCGAUGGAUCCUCCGGCCUCUGUCUGCAGAGCAGCUUCGACCUGGCCUCUCUGGCCGCGCUCGGGUGCCACAACGAGGGGCUGACGGUGGCCCCGGUGAGCUCCUUCACCAGAAGCCGCAGCCAUGUCUCUGUGCGAUGUGGAAAGAAGCAUAAGCUAGAAGAAGAGGCAGAAGGCUGUCCUGUGCGGAAGAAGAGACUGACAGGAGCCAAAAAUUGCCCUUUGAAUCCCAACACUGAAGAAUGGAUUCUCUGUGCAGGUCAGCAGGCAGCUGGGGAGGUAGCAAGUCAGUAUGGUGGCAGCGGUCCUGAAACUGCCAUGUUAGAAAUUCCCUGUGAAGAAAUGGAUCAGACAAUGGGGGAACAGCAAUGCGAGGUUGCUCGCAGGAAACUUCAGGAAAUUGAGGACAGGAUAAUUGAUGAAGAUGAGGAAGUUCAUGCUGAUGGAAAUGUUAGCAAUCUGCCCACUCUUAUCCUGUCAGAUACCCUUAAGAAAGGGAUGAAGAGGGAUUUUGGUGAAGUCCUGACAAAGAAAAUAAUAGAAUCUAUGAGCCGUCCUUCUAUGGAGCUGGUGCUUUGGAAACCUCUUCCGGAAUUUAUGACAGAUAAACUGAAGUCUGUUUCUGUUAAGAACUUCAAGCAGCAGAGUACAGAAGGGUGUCAAGCUAAGCAGCCAACACCAAGAGCUCCUUUUGACCCACAGACUGAAACGUUCUCUGGAUCACAACAGACUGCCAUGUCUCCAGAUCCAUAUGCUAGUUUGGGAAUAUCUGGGUGUGCAGAAGAAGAAAUGGAGUUGUAGAUGGCAGAUUUUAGACUGGAAGUGGUGAGCUUCUGAUGCUUAUUGUUGGUGUUUUUUGAUUUUUUUUUUUUCUGGUUUGAUGUGUGAAUCUGAAGUUAUAUUAUUUGUUUUUUGUUUUCUUACUAACAAUCAUAAGCACACCACAAUCAUAGGGUGGCCAGGAAACACAUUAAGAUUUCUGUGUUCCAAUCUGUUAAAAAUUCUUACUUUUACUGAAAAGGUAAUUCAGAGGCCUUUGAAACAGGAAAGUAGUUUUUCAUCUUGCUUAAUGGUGAAAUAUCCUCUUAAUUGCCCUUGGUAAAGUAUAAAAUCCAAAUAUUGAAUGUAACUGUGGCUUAAGCCAUACCUUUCUUCUUACUGAGCCAUUGAAACUGGUGCACAUACUAUGCUUGGCCAUUUGGUUUAAUUUGAAUUACAAAAUGUAAAGAAAUACCUUCAAAUCUAGUCAUGGAUAGAAAAAGAAUCCCUCUGCUAAUACAGCUUUUCACGCCAUCCUAUCUAUUUGGACUUGAUGUAAACCCAGAUGUAGAAAUUACACAAUCCAUGGGGUGGUAGUGAAGGAAUAUCACAGCUGAGCUUAAGUCUUUAGCUUGGUAGAAAGUAAAGCUAGUACUUAUAACUUGCAGGAUACUUGCUAACUUCUGUCAUCUUUGGUUCAUUGGCUUCUAAAUUUUAUUUGUGGGUUUUUAUGUCCCCCUCCCCAAACAGUUCAAAGUUUGGAGAAAAGUGGUUCUCAGCAAAGAGGCUCACAUUUUACAUUGUGCUGAGAUUCUUUGUAUGCAUGGAGUUGGAAGGUCAGCUGAAGACAGUGUAACUUAUGAUUAAAUGAAUGGCAUCCAUUGAUUUGGAUAAACAUGAUAAAUAAAUAACAGGGAGCUGCUUGCUGCCAUAGGAGAGUCAGAUGCUGGAUAAUUGUCUGUACCCAAGUCCCAGCCUUUGGUAGUGAAGUAAAGGAGAUGCCUGUCUUUUUCCUGAGAGAAUCUGGACAUAGAAUUUAAGCCACAGUCUGUGCCAAUAAUACAGCAUCAUAUUGUUGAUCCAGAUGUAUGCCAAAAGCAUUUUCUAUCCUGUGCAGGUUGCCAAGGAAAGGAGUCCACAAUGAGCUACUGCUUGUACCUUUUCUCAAUGCACAGCAGUUCCUUAUGCUUAUGCUUUAAGUUGUUUAAAAGUUUUAUCUUUUAUUUGUAAGUCCUUGAGCUUUCUCAGAGAUACCUGAAUUGAGGCUUUUCUUAAGAAAUCCCUUUCCAAGUAAUAGGUUCUGCUCAGAGUCCUAUGUCCAAAUCUGGUUUUGACGUCUUGCUAAGAUAAAGGAGCAAGUAGACAGUAACACAGCUGCUCACAUAGUGAAUCUACUCUUGCUCUGCACAGCUAAGAGAUAAUCCUUGUUAUCAUAUUCUUUACUGUUGAAUAACCCAUAGCUGAAAGUUUAAAAUCAACUUCUCUUUUUGCAGUCGUCCUUUGUUUUGAUUGUUCAAAAGGUACCUGUUUGUUAAACCCUGUUUAUCUUGCUGCUUUUGUUGAAGGUUGUCUGAAAUUUUCUGUCUCUUGAUAAAACAUUUCAAAGCUUCACUAAAAACACUCCAGCAUUUGAUUAGGUAUUACUCUGGAAAUGAGUAUACACCUGUACCAUUCUGGAAGGUUUAUUAAGUUGAAGAACAUGUGCAGCCUAUCUUGCUAUAAUGCCUAAUUCCAUUUCAGGGUCCGCCAUAAUCUCUUGCACGAACUGUGUAAAAUUUCUUACAUAUUAUUAAGCUGCUGAAAGUGUUUAAAUCCUACAGCCUUUGACAUGCUCCAGUGCUUGAAUAGAAUGUAAAGCAGUGCAGUUUGGAGAAGGCUGUAGUCACUGCAGGUAGAAAAUGUGGUGCCUCCAAUUAAGUAACUGGUUUUCAGCUUGCUGAAUUACAGUGAAAGUUUGAAGUUGGAAGCAUUUUAAGUGAGAGCUCUGGAAUCCUAAAUAAACUGAAAAGAAAGGAUGAAAAUUUCAAAAAUGUGAUGAGACCAUCUCAGCAACAGUAAACUUGCAACUGAAGAUGUAAAAAAACUACAGGAGGCCUAAAUGCAUCAAAACACCAAAUUGCUUAUCAGAUUUGCAGAAUAAGAAAUUGUAGAUGGCUUUUAAGCAUACUUUUUUUUUUCCUGCUAGGUUUGUACCAAAGGUUGACUUUCAGAGGUGUCUUUCCUCUUAAUUCAAUGCCAAUAGGGCAUCACUGAGCUCUUACCUGCCAUCUAAAACAUAGUGGUGCACUGUUGACAAAGACUAGGAGUAAAGAAAAAAUUGUCUAAGAACUUAGCUUUGACAGAAAACAUUUGCUUUCAUUUUUUCACAAUGAAUUUCUGCCCUUGUGAUAGGAGACAGUGAGGUUGUGUAGCUUGAAUUGAGCAAAGACUGGGCUAGAGUGGGAACCAAGUGACAGGAGAACUAAGCAAGCUCCUUGCUACAGCAAUCACUUGGGGGAGGGUGACUGGAUGAAAGAUCAAGCUGAGACAUUUACAGACUUCUGUAUUUGUGAGUUUAAUUUGUUGUUGUCUUCGUUAAAAGAUUUUUAUUAAUGCUGUUCACAAAUGGGAUGGCAAAUGCGAUGCAGUAUUAGGAAAAACCUUAUUUUGAGAUACGGAAGAUCUGAUUCUGGUCUGUCUUCUCUUGGGACCAAAUCACCCUUUGUAUGUCAGUUUUCAAUAAAUUUUCUAAAAUUUUUUA